CAUCAAAAGGCACAAGCAGCAGCAAUUACAUAAAUAAUAAAAAAGAAGUAUUUAGCCGGCAUUUACAACGUGUUUCUGACACAAAACUAAAAUAAGGCCGAGCAGAAAGAAGCAGACGGUCAGAAAGCAAGCCAGUGAAAAAAGUAUGAUUAGACAUCAUUACUUUGAUGUGCAACUGAAAUUUCGUGAUUUUGAUUCCGUUGUACUCACACCAGUCUUUUUUCGGGGCUGCGUUCAAAACUCGUUGGAGAGAUUUUUUGGUGAAAUUGGUGGCAGAACCAAUUUGGAAAUAAUUAAAUUCAGUGUACAGCAUCGACGUGUUGUGUUCCGUGUGCCCCAGGAGUUCUACGAGCGAGCGCGUGCAGCCAUCACCUUGAUUGGUCAAUAUCAGGAGGUACCUUGUCACUUUCAAGUGCUCAAAACAUCUAAAACGCCUCUGGACUUUGAGAAAGACGGAGAUAACGAGAAUUGUGAAGAAUCAUCAUAAGAAUGGCAUUUUCAUAUUGCAAAGUCUUU